AUCUCAUCUCCAACUCCUUGAUAUAAGCAAAAUUCGAGUCCUUCCGUGGCCGAGCCGCCGCCGUGACCCCAGCUUCGCCAAUCCUCCCAGCUAACGAAGGGUUGCUCGCAGGCGUCCCCCUUCUUCUUCUCCAGCGGAUUCGAUUGGCCAUCUUGGUCGAUGGAUGCGAAGAGGAAGAGUGCCAUGCCAUCCUGUGGCGAGGCUGCGAAUAUGACGGUGGAGGUCUUCCAAAGCAACAAGAGGAAAAAGCCCGCUGUAUCUGUUUGCACGCUGUUGCUUCCCCAUGACAUGAUGUUGGAGGUUCUACUUCGGCUCCCCGUCAAAUCAGUUCUCCGUUUUCGGGCCGUCUGCCGCCCUUGGGCUGAGCUCUUCUCCUCCAAGGAUUUCUGCAGCCUCCACAUGGCGGCCUCUAAGGUGCUGCCGCCAGCACCAAAGCUACUGGUGGUCUCGCCCACUUCAAGAUUGGACUCCAGCGCAGUGUACUCAUGUUCACCGUCAGGCCACAGAGAUGAUUUACUCUUCACCUUUGACUCUGCCCGCCACGACUCCGUGGAAGUGGUGACACCCUCGUCAUGCUGUGGACUCACCCUUCUGUUUGAUGCUUCUGCGCCAGCUUACUAUGUUUGCAAUGCCGCCACACGGGCAAUUACUCGUCUGCCACCACACCGUUAUCCUAGACGCGAUUACACCACCGGACUGGGAUUUGAUGACCAGACAAGGGAGUACAAGGUGGUGAGGUUGAUCAAUGGGUAUAACCAUGAAAAGGAGGCUGUCAUGUGUCAUGUGUACACACCGGGAGUUGAUUGUUGGAGGCGAGCGGCUGGUGGUGUACCCUUCAGUUUGUCCCAGUUUGUGAUUUCUGCAGUUGAUCAUGCAGUGCUGGACAAAAUACCACCUGUGUUUGCCAAUGGAUUCCUGCACUGGCUAAUCUGUCCUACUUUUAACCUCAAAACGCCAAGAGAUGCUAUCAUAUUGUUUUCUGUUGCGGAGGAGACCUUCGGAUCCAUCCGUUCGCCGCCGUUCUGGGGACCAAGAGAGAACAAGCGCCCCUGGUCCCAGUCAGAAGGGGAGCACCUGGUUGUGAUGGAUGACCAAGUGUGUAUUGUCCGGAACCUUCGCAACGGAACCCCUCAUGGAAGCGCCCUAGAGAUUUGGGGACUGUUGGAUUAUGACUCUAGUGAUUGGUCGCUGAAUCAUCGAAUUGAUUUGUUCGGGCACAUCAGAAGAGAAUUAAGUGACCCACAGGUUGUGAGGGUUAUUGGUUCUGUUGGCAAUUGCCGGUCUGGGAAGAAGAUUAUGAUUACUACUAGCAACUGGGUUCAUGAAAAGUUUCAGAAAAAAGUUUACACAUAUGACCCUAGGUGUCAAGUUCUACAGUGCAUUCAUUCUGUCACCGAGACACACACCUCUCCUUCACACUUGAUCCCUGGUUCAAGAUUCUGCUUAUUUGAAGAGAGCCUUGCUCCAGUGCAUAAAACAGAUGAAGACCUUGCUCUGCCAUCUACCCUGGCUAAAGCAACUAUAAAGAAGCUGCUACUCCAAACUGAAUCAGAGAUACUGCCCAUGUUCCAGUGUUAUUUGCGGGAACUUGCUAGCGGAGGCGAGGGCGUUUAUGAAGGUUCCUCUACGAAGCUUCCUCGACGCCGUCUCAUCAUCCCUGCGCCGGUGGUUGCCAAUCUCCAGGAUUUUUGAUCUAGGGAUACCUUGAUAGAUAAGAAGCGAUCUCUGAUGAAGCACCUAGGUUGCACACACCGAGUCAAUGACCUGAACUAGGAGAUGCAAUAAUGUAGUGUGGAUAUUGUAGUGAUGUUAU